UGGCGAUCAGUGCUGUCCCUUGCCAUACUGUUUCUGUGUAGAUCCCAUUUUUUGCACCUGUAUUCCUUUUGGGUUUCAUAAACAUGAAAACAUGUGACAAAUGAUUUCAUAGAAGGUUGUGUCUAUAUGAACAUGUCUAGGUAAUCAUUUUUUGGCUUGCGGGGAACGACUUGUAAGAACCAAGGAAAGCAUAUUGUGCCAGGUGGAUCAGAGGAACAUUCCAAGGACACAAAUCCAAGAGAUUUGUGUGGUUAGCUCGGGGUGCCAGCUGUAUUUUCUGUCAUUGUCUUAUACUACUCCUUCAGUCAUGUGGACAGGAAAGAUCUGCGUCGGAAGCUGUCUCUAUGCCUGGACUCCAGGGAUCAAGAAUGUUCCCUGUCCUUGUAUUUUGAGCUAUCUGUAUGAGCUUACAGUGGGUGUGUAUGUAUGUUGUAAUAGUAUCAAACAUUACUUGGGUAUCUGUGUAAUGUGGGUACUGAUGUCUAUUUUUGUAAAAGAAGAGACACUUUGAAACGCAAUUUGGAACAGAAUUGGUAGAGUGGUGCUUAGCUUAACCCCUAUCCUUCCCACUGAUUUUCAGCUGCAACUCCCCUCCCUACCAGCCAUUUCCUCUAUAGAGUUCCAGACAUAAUGUUUAUAAGGGUAAAAUAUGUCUCUGGACCCCAUGUGGAAAGAAAAGCAACUGGAGAACUGUUGCAGCAAAAAAGGCAGGUAUGCAAAGAGUUAAGAACUUUCUCCCCUCCAGCCUGGUUCUUCAUUCCAAAUUUGUCUUACAAAACAAUCUUUUCUUCUGCUGCCCUAAGAUAUCUCCAGGAAGAAAAAUAACAGUUGCAUGUGUGAUCCAAGUUUACUCUGAGAAAAGAAAGGGGCCUGAAUCUAUUUUGAGGUGUAUGUUUAUAAUCCUUUCUUCUCAUCUUUGAACAUGUCAAGUUUUUAUCUAAGGACUUUUCUUUAAGGUUGAUACCCAUUAUAAAUAGUUGAAUAUUUUCAGCCUGGUCCUAUGCAGAGUUAGGCACACCCAAUCAAGGUGCUUAAGCAUACCUAAGUUUGCAUAGAGGAUUAACUUACUUGAAGAAAAACACCAAUCCUUCUGUUUGCUAGAAGAAACAAAUUGAUGCUGGGAAUUAAAUCUGUGAUUCCCUGGCACUGCAGUAGUACUGUAUGUGCUUCCUUUGUUGGGAUUUAAAUCACUUGCCCUGCAACCAUCCUAAGAGCCUGGGCCCAUAAACCAAUGUGAUUGUUGACUGUAGCAAGUGCCAUACCUAUGGUGUCGGCCUUGUGUCUGUUUUGCACUUGAGGUUGGUCUCUUUUCACUGGCCUUCACUCACUCUCUAAAGCACUUGUAACAAUGUGUAAAAUCUGUUUUUAUAUAUAUAACUUUGCUGUUGCAAUAUCCUUUACCUUUAAUUCUGUAUUUUUGACUGUUUGCAAAAUGCUAAUGUUUAUGCAAAAAAUUAAAAUCUAAUACAUAAUGUUCGCUGUUAGUAAACGACUGUUGUUAAACCUGCACAUCUUUGGGUAGCGGUUUUUGCUUUUGGGGGGAGGAGAACAUGUGGCAUCUCCUUUAGAUUGGAAUGGUUCUUUUGGUUGCUCUGCUCGUGCUCAUUAUAACGCCUCUUUUAACACCCCUUGUCCCACAUAGUGGGGUGGGGGUGGGGAGUCUGUUGCUUAACGCGGCUCCGGUCCGGUUUUUGGCCCAUCCCGGAGGGCCCGGCCGGGGGGCCACGGCGCUCUCAAGGCCCUUAGCAGCGAGCGACUCCACAGCGCCUCUUCCCGCCGCUUUCGGGUCUCGCGCCGCUCCCCCUUGUUCCGUUCCGCCCCGCCCUCCCCCUGCGAGUGGCUGAAUGGUUUGGCUCUCCCACCUCCCGCUCCCCGCCCUCCUCCGGCUUGUUGGUUCGCUCCUCCCCGGGCUGUUGAUGCGGAACUGGAGCCAGGCGGCUUUUAGGCUGAGCUGCGCGGUGCGUGAGGAGGAGGAGGAGGCGGCCUCGGCUGACAGGUUGAUGUCGCAAUUUCCAUGAGCAUUCUGUUUUCUGAGGCAGCUAUCAGAAACCAGCUGGUCCAAUGAGGGAAGAAUAUACUGAGAUGACAUAGUGAAGGAGGAAAGACAAUGGUGCAGAAGAAGAGGAGCUGUCCUCGCUUAAUUGAUUACCUUGUGAUUAUUGGGGCCAGGCAACCAAGCAGUGAUAGUGUGGCACAGACACCUGAACUUCUGCGCCGCUACCCUCUAGAAGAUCAUACUGAUUUUCCACUUCCUCCUGAUGUAGUGUUCUUCUGCCAGCCAGAGGGAUGUUUAAGUGUGCGGCAGAAACGGAUGAGCCUGCGAGAUGAUACUUCUUUUGUCUUUACACUCACUGAUAAAGAUUCUGGUAUCACUCGCUAUGGGAUAUGCGUCAACUUCUACCGUUCUUUCCAAAAGCGUGUGCCCAAGGAGAAGGGAGAAGGCGGUGGCAGACAUCAUUCCCAAGAUGGGCAGAAAGCACCCAAGUCUGGGGAUACAUCCACUACCCAAGAAGAGAGGGGUAAUGAGAGUUCAGAGAGCGGUGGUUCUCUGCAACCACCAAGCACAGAGUCUGCGUCAGAUGUUACUCGAUCACCUCGGAGUAAACGUUCUGCAAAAGUCACCCACCGUUCUCGUAACAGCACCCUGACCUCACUUUGCAUUAUUAGUCACUAUCCCUUUUUCUCUACUUUUCGUGAAUGUCUGUAUACCCUGAAGAAAUUGGUGGACUGCUGCAGUGAGAGACUCUUGGGCAAGAAGCUUGGGAUCCCUCGAGGCGUGCAGAGGGACACAAUAUGGCGGAUUUUCACAGGUUCACUUCUAGUGGAGGAGAAAUCCAGUGCAUUGCUACAUGAUUUGCGUGAAAUUGAGGCAUGGAUUUACCGGCUGCUUCGCUCACCUGUGCCUGUUGCUGGCCAGAAGCGCGUGGAUGUGGAAGUCUUACCACAUGAAUUGCAGCCAGCCUUGACGUUUGCCCUUCCUGACCCAUCCCGCUUCUCUCUGGUGGAUUUUCCCCUGCAUCUGCCCUUGGAGCUCUUAGGUGUGGAUGCAUGUUUGCAGGUGCUAUCCUGCAUUCUUCUGGAACAUAAGGUGGUGUUGCAGUCCCGGGACUAUAAUGCACUCUCUAUGUCUGUCAUGGCAUUUGUGGCUAUGAUAUACCCAAUGGAGUACAUGUUCCCAGUGAUUCCACUCCUUCCUACCUGUAUGGCUUCUGCAGAGCAGCUGCUUCUGGCCCCAACACCCUAUAUCAUUGGAGUCCCAGCCAGCUUCUUCCUUUACAAACUAGACUUUAAAAUGCCAGAUGAUGUAUGGCUAGUUGAUCUGGAUACUAAUAAGGUGAUUGUUCCUACAAAUGCUGAGUCAUUACCUGUUUUGCCGGAACCAGAAUCUUUAGAAUUGAAAAAGCACUUAAAGCAGGCUUUGGCUAGCAUGAGCUUGAAUACCCAGCCUAUUCUUAACCUAGAGAAGUUUCAUGAAAGCCAGGAGAUCCCACUGCUGGGGAAACCUCAGAAUGACAUGCAGUCCACACCUUCUACAGAGUUCAACCCCCUGAUCUAUGGCAAUGAUGUAGACUCUGUGGAUGUGGCCACUCGGGUUGCCAUGGUGAGAUUCUUCAAUUCACCAAAUGUUUUACAAGGAUUCCAGAUGCAUACUCGCACACUUCGCCUCUUUCCCCGGCCAGUGGUUGCAUUUCAGGCCAAUUCGUUCUUAGCUUCAAGACCAAAACAGACACCUUUUGCAGAUAAAUUGUCCAAGACACAGGCAGUGGAAUACUUUGGGGAAUGGUCACUCAAUCCAACUAAUUAUGCUUUCCAAAGAAUCCACAACAACAUGUUUGACCCUGCUCUGAUUGGUGAUAAGCCAAAGUGGUAUGCUCAUCAGUUGCAGCCAAUUCAUUACCGUGUCUAUGACAGCAGUUCUCAACUAGCUGAAGCACUGAGUGUCCCAAUAGAGAGAGAAACAGAUUCUGAACCUACUGAUGAUAGUGGCAGUGACAGUGUGGAUUAUGAUGACUCCAGCUCUUCGUAUUCAUCCCUUGGUGAUUUUGUUAGUGAAAUGAUGAAGUGUGACAUCAACGGUGACACUCCAAAUGUGGAUCCUCUAACCCAUGCAGCUCUGGGUGAUGCAAGUGAAGUGGAAUUUGAUGACUUCCAGGAGUACUCGGGUGAUAUGGAUGAACAAGCCCCUGAUAGUGAAAACUCCCAAGACAACAAUCAGCCUCGGUCAAGUUCAAGCACUACAGCCAGCAGCAGCCCCAGCACUGUCAUCCAUGGGGUGAAUCAUGAGUCUACUGAUUCAGCAGAGAUGGAAGAGAAGAUGGUAGCUGGAUUUUCAAAUCACCUUCCCAGUUUGCCUUUACAACCAAGCUUUCCCAAAAUGAGUGUUGAACGUCGUGAUAGUGAGAAUCCAGCAAACAGUUUGAGUUCUGUGGAUGGAAUGGUGAAGAAAAGAGAGUAUGAUAACCCAUACUUUGAACCACAGUAUGGGUUCCCAGCAGAGGAAGAAGAGGAUGAACAGGAAGAAAGCUAUACACCGAAGUUCAAUCAGAACCUCAAUGGCAAUCGGCCUCUGCAGCCUCUGCGCCCCAACAGCUUAAAGCUAGGCAACGAGUCUGAUGCGGAAUCGGAUUCCCAUGCCAGUUCCCCAAAUUCUACAGUAUCCAACAACAGCAGCGAAGGUUUUGGGGGCAUUAUGUCCUUUGCCAGUAGCCUAUACAAGAACCACAGCACAAGCUUUAGUCUGUCCAAUUUAGCCCUUCCAACCAAAGCUGGGAGAGACAAAAACACUCCAUUUCCUAGCCUGAAAGUAUUUGGGCUAAAUACUAUAAUGGAGAUUAUUACUGAAGCUGGGCCAGUAAGCAAUGAAGGAAAUAGACGAGCACUUGUGGAUCAAAAGUCUUCUGUUAUAAAGCACAGCCCAACAGUCAAAAGGGAGACUCCUUCACCAUCACCACAGGGACGAAGCAGUAAUUCCAGUGAGAACCAGCAGUUCUUGAAAGAGGUGGUGCACAAUGUCCUAGAUGGACAAGGAGUUGGUUGGUUUCACAUGAAGAGAGUCCGCCGUCUCCUGGAGAGUGAGCAGCUCCGUGUCUUUGUAUUAAGCAAGCUUAAUCGCACCAUCCAAUCAGAGGAAGAUGCACGGCAGGAUGUUGUCCAGGAUGUGGAGAUCAACCGCAAGGUUUAUAAAGGGAUGUUGGAUUUGCUGAAAUGUACUGUGUCAAGCCUUGAGCACUCAUAUGCAAAUGCUGGACUUGGGGGAAUGGCAAGUGUCUUUGGUCUGCUGGAAAUAGCUCAUACUCACUACUAUAACAAAGAGCCAGAAAAAAGAAAACGAAGCCCAACAGAUGGAGCAAUCACUCCGGUUGGCAAGGACCCUAUGUUAGCCACGAGGGUUGAACCGAAACCCAAGGUGCAACUGCCAGUACCCCAGCUCAUGCCAAGGGCCCCAAGCCCUGCAGGGAAAGGGCCAAGGGAGUUUGACACAAGGAGUCUAAAGGAGGAAAAUUUUGUAGCUUCUAUUGGGCCAGGAGGUACAAAACACUCUCAUGAUCUGGGGGAGACAGAUGAGAAGAAAUCCCAGAUCAGUGCAGAUAGUGGGUUGAGCUUAACUUCCAGCUCUCAUAAGAGUGAUUUGGAUUCUGUGGCAAGUGUGGGACCUGCUGUUAUGAUCCGAAGCACCAGCCAAGACUCUGAAGUUAGCACAGUGGUGAGCAACAGCUCUGGGGAGACAUUAGGAGCAGAUAGUGAUUUGAGCAGCAAUGCUGGUGAUGGCCUUGGUGGAGAAAGCGGUGGAAAUCUGACAGGAUCACGAGGCACUGUGUCAGACAGUGAGAUUGAGACAAAUUCAGCAACUAGCACUAUCUUUGGUAAAUCUCAUAGCUUGAAGCAGACCAUGAAAGACAACAAAUGCAGCAGUCCUGGGAGAGCACCAGAAGAUGCAAGCCUACGAGUUUAUCUCUAUGAGGGUCUUCUGGGGAGGGAUAAAGGAUCUGUCUGGGACCAAUUAGAGGAUGCUGCCAUGGAAACCUUCUCUAUGAGCAAAGAGCGAUCAACCCUGUGGGACCAGAUGCAGUUCUGGGAAGAUGCUUACCUAGAUGCUGUGAUGUUGGAAAGAGAAGGAAUGGGAAUGGAUCAGGGGCCUCAAGAGAUGAUUGACAGGUAUUUGUCUCUAGGAGAACAUGACCGGAAGCGUUUAGAAGAUGACGAAGACCGCUUAUUGGCUACGCUGCUUCACAAUAUGAUAGCCUACAUGCUUAUGUUGAAGGUGCACAAGAAUGAUAUUAGGAAGAAAGUGCGCCGUUUGAUGGGAAAAUCUCACAUUGGCCUUGUGCAUAGUCAAGAAAUAAAUGAAAUACUCGACAAAGUUGCCAAUAUAAAUGGCAGGGAGCUCCCAAUCCGACCCAGUGGCAGUAGACAUAUCAAGAAGCAAACAUUUGUUGUACAUGCUGGCACAGACACAACAGGGGACAUCUUCUUCAUGGAGGUAUGCGAUGAUUGCAUUGUGCUGAGGAGUAACAUUGGCACGGUGUAUGAACGCUGGUGGUAUGAGAAGCUCAUCAACAUGACAUACUGUCCCAAAACAAAAGUGCUUUGUCUCUGGAGGAGGAAUGGCCAGGAGACACAAUUGAAUAAGUUCUACACCAAAAAGUGCCGGGAAUUAUAUUAUUGUGUAAAGGACAGUAUGGAGCGAGCAGCGGCAAGACAACAAAGCACAAAACCUGGCCCUGAACUGGGUGGGGAAUUCCCAGUGCAGGAUAUGAAAACUGGUGAAGGGGGGCUUCUCCAAGUCACACUGGAAGGGAUUAAUCUGAAAUUCAUGCACAGUCAGGUUUUCAUAGAGCUGAAUCACAUUAAAAAGUGCAAUACAGUGCGAGGAGUCUUUGUCCUGGAAGAAUUUGUUCCUGAAACUAAAGAAGUGGUGAGCCACAAGUACAAGACGCCAAUGGCUCAUGAGAUCUGCUACUCCGUAUUGUGUCUCUUCUCUUAUGUGGCUGCAGUUCGUGGGAAAGAAGCAGAAAGCAAAAGCAAGCCACCUCGCCCAGUCUCCAGCUGAUCAACACCAUCACUGGAAAUUCAUUGGCCUGUAAUACUCCCUUUUCUAUGGCUGUUAUUGGAGCUCACAUAACCAUCUCUGAUGAAAACUUGUUUGUUUAUCUAUGGCCCUGCGAGUCCCCUU